UUUCUUUUAUAGAUGUCAUGGAGACCACGAUCUGAAGUGGGCCCGGGAAUGGCUACCGCGUAUCAGAUAUGCGGAAAUGUUGCGUUUAAAGUUAUCUGUCUGUUGGAGUAAACAUCCGAACGUGAGGUCAAUUGCCUCCGUCAUCAUACCUUUGCCUGACGAAGUUACGAGGAUUUUCUGAGGUCUCGUGAAAUUUUCUCGAUAUGCUUUUCCGUGAUGGCCAUCACAAGAACCGUGACAACACGUCCAAGCAUGCAAGACGCUGUACGACUACCUGAACGAAUAUUUGAUCCAGGCCUGGAUACUCUAUUCCCUCUGUCUUCCAUAAUCACAUGUUUACCUCUCGCAAAGGGCGCCGCAACCUACCACAACCAUCGAAAGAAAACCUGAUCUCGUCCGGUCAUCUAGCAAAUGUACAUCGUCUAACAGAUAACGUGGUCCGAAAGGUUCCGUGCGACCGCUCUUCCUCCAGCAGUGUGAGGGCGAUCCAGACGGAGGCGUGGAUUUAUCAGCAUCUAGGCAGACACAAGCACAUCGCCCGAUGCCUCGAGGCUGCCGAUGACCAUGUCGACCUUAAGUUCGAGCGAAACGGAGACCUUGAAAUCUAUCUAUCAAUGCAUCGCGUUUCCAACGAAUUUCGAUGUAGGGCCGCCGAGCAGGUGGUUGAAGCGGUACACUACAUUCAUGAAGAAGGGGUCGUGCAUUCCGACCUUUCAGCUCGACAGUUUCUCCUAGAUGAGAAGAUGAAUGUCCAUUUGUCCGAUUUCUGCGGAUCGUCUCUGAAUGGCUCCAAGGCUUUGGUUAUUGAGAACCCAUCGCAUUAUCUUCCUCGAGGACAAAUGCUUCCUAGCACUAAGAAGUCUGAUAUAUUUGCCUUGGGCUCUACUCUUUACGAAAUAAUGACGAACCAGACGCCAUACCAAGGCAAAUCAGAUACGGAAGUGCAGCAUCUCUACAAAAGAAAGGUCUACCCAAGUCUAGAUGAAGUACAAGAUGAGAACUGGAGGCGGAUUAUCCUUGGUUGCUGGAAUAGUCACUACCAAUCUGCCAGAGAAAUUUUGCAUGAUAUUCCUUUCAAGAGGAAGAAGUGGUACCAGUGUUGCGCUUGAAGGUCAUUAGGCAA